AUGCCUCCGCGCACUCCAGCACUUCGAAUGCGCUUUCUCUACCCACCCGCCACCCGCCCAAUCUCCACAACACCCCACCUCUCCGGCAUCAGAUCUCGCCCCCGUAAGCCCCGCGUCUUUAACAAAGGCACAACCACAAAGAUCCCGAAAAAGAGUAGUAUCCUGAGCAAAACCUCUUUUACAUCCCAUCAGCCCCACCACGAAGCCCCGCAGCUCCUGAGGCCUGGACCCGGACCGCCUGUGGUCCACAAGGUCAUACCGAAGGCACCAUCCCGCGACUUUCUUCACUACAUCCCGCCGAGCAACCCUAUGCGCCCAAUGCUGGGCCCGGGAAUGUACUACAAUACCAAAAUCGCCGCGCACUAUCACUCCAGCACGCCCAUAGACAAGGACCUGGAGACGGAGUACAUGUACACGCUCAUGCUACGCAAGACCUUCAGUACACCGCCUACCAUGGUUGUUCCGCUGAAGUAUGCGGUAGUGCGGUGCAUGAGUGCCAGUGGUGCGCACUUGAAGGCUACGAAUUUACGCCUGCGGAAGGGGUUUCUGGGCGAGGCUAUGGGCACGAGCCUCACGAAGAACAAGGCUUGGGUGUGCGAUAGGGUUAGGGCCACGUUGUUCGAUUGGGAUCUGCAUGAGCACAUGAGGUUCAUUCACGGGCACAUGUUCACUGGGAGGGAAGUGGACUACUAUACGUCAGAGGGGCAGGUCCUUGGCGCUCAAGGCUUGGAGAGGACGAAUUCCGAACAGGAGCAGGAUAAGAGGCCCCGCGAGGCUACGGAAGCUUUGCACGGCGAUAAUGCUGCUACUGCCACUAUGGCUGCAGCCGCGACAGCACCUGCAACAACAGCAACAAAAAUCGCGGGCACGGCAGUCUCUAGUGACUAUGACAGCGAUGGCAAAAUACGUGACGGUUGGGCCCUCGAGGACUCCAGUUCCGACACUGACUUUGAAGAGCUCAUAACCGGCGGGGAAGAUCUGGGCUCUGAUGGGAAAUGAUGGGAUGAUUGGGUCCUUGAAGAUUCGGGUUCCGAUACCGACUCUGGCCAGCUGAUGACGGCCCAGGAGCCCGAGGAGGAAGAUGGAGAUGGAGAUGAAGAACGAGAGGAGGGUUUCCGGUUGUGGAUUUUGCCCUUGCAGCAACUGCCGUGACGCAGAAGAAGGUCCGGACAACGAGAUUCAUGUAAAUAUGAUGGUGGUGCGUGAGUGGGUGCGUGGGUGCGAGCUAGACACACGACUAAAGCGCUACGGUACUGUAUUACACACCAUACUUCCGACUGUAUCUAUUAUCAUCGCUUUCAUCAAUAUCACACUCGUCCAGAAUUCCACAGUACGGUAGUCUGCCCAGGAGAGUAUCGUACCGCACAACAGAGAUUAUUGUAUCGUACAAGUUUUGAUCGAGCCAGCCUAAACUUAGCCAAGCGGGACUUAAGUUACCACCACCAACACAGCAUCACAGCCUUCGCCGUCGUCUCCCGCAUCAACUUACCAUAUCCAGACACGUCAGUGAGAAAAAAACAAAGUUAAUUAAAUAAUGACUCCGACCACAACUUGUGGCAUAACAAGUACUUUACAGUAUGAUAAAAGCCUAGGUCAGGCACACUGAGCAAACAGCUGAACAACGAAAGUGAAGUUGAUCGCGGCGUAACGGGAAGUUUGAGUUUGCUGUGAGGUGGAGUGUGCCGCACCCUUAUCUGCAGCUAACCCCCGCCAACACUGAUAUAUCAUACAUAGUACAGGGAGAGGGUUGAAGGAUGGGUGGUUUUGGAGAUACUGGCAUGGUUUAGGGCAAGCUACUGGGUAUCAUAUAUCAAGUGCGGUGAGUUGUGAGAACGGGAGGCAGUAAAUUAGCGGUGGGGAAUCCAGUGUUUGUCAAGGGUGGG